AAAAAUAAUAAUAAGCUUUGAUAUAUUUAAGUUAGAAAAUGUACAAAAUAUCUUCAUUUAACAUUAUUUUUACUUAAUAUUUUUACUAAUGAUUUUUGGCGUAAAAGAAACAUCAAUAACUGUGACUCAUGCAGUUUAUUGUUGGCUAUUGCUACAAAUAUACGUUUGUUACUUGUGACAGGUUUUGUUCUCAAGGGUCACAAAUGUUCAAAUUUGAUUUAAUGUUAUAACAAUAAUGUUGCGGCGUAUCGGAGACGUCACCGCUGACGUCACCGCGUACCGUGGAACUACAACUACUGGAGCGACACGACCGAGUGCGUGCUGCCGCGCGCUUCAACGUUACUCCUCUUCUUAACCGGUGUAUGGCUGCUCUCGUAACUUAACCCCGUCAGCCGGCAAUGAGCGUACGCCGUCGCUCACUUUUCUCUCCAGGAAAACACCGUCGGACCGGCUGCUUCCCUCCUAUCCCUUGCACUUCCGGGUGUCGAGCGAGCGUCUUUUCCCGAGGAUCAGCUGUGAUACUGAAUGAGCAAAAGGCUGUGCUCCCGGUAAUCGCAGGGCACGGUUAAAGACAGCGUGGCAGGAGGAUUCCCGUUGCUGCCGCUCAUAUCAUCUCUUCUGAGCAGCUGUAUGAGACAUGUGUCCUGUCUCUCUGAGCUGUUUUGGGUCUAUGAUAGUGUGAUGACGCUCUGCUGAGCUCUGAGUUACACUGAGAGAUCGUCGCGCUUUUCUCUAUUUUGCGCAUCCCACCGGCUGGAGAGCGACGCGCACGCGAGAGCCUGGCGGUUUUUCAUUUUUUAAUGAGGAUUCAAGUAUUACCGGUUGGACAAUGAAGAAGUUCUUCGAUGCCCGUCGGGAGAUGGUGAGCUCCGGACCCGCGCCUGUAGCCGCUGCGGGGGGCGGCGCGGGGUCCGGCGCGUUUAUCGGACGCGUUUUCUCUGUCGGACGAUAUCAAGUGACCGUGGAGGAGACUGUGGCGGAGGGUGGUUUUGCUAUCGUUUUUCUGGUGAGGACUCAUCAGGGCGUCCGCUGUGCACUUAAGAGAAUGUAUGUCAACAAUGAACAUGACCUUCAAGUAUGCAAGAGGGAAAUUCAGAUUAUGAGGGACCUGGUGGGGAACAAAAACAUUGUUGGUUUCAUGGACUCCAGCAUCACAGCAGUCGGUUCAGGAGAUGUUUGGGAAGUUCUCAUAUUGAUGGACUUCUGUCGAGGUGGGCAGGUCGUGAACCUGAUGAACCAGCGUUUGCAGACUGGAUUCAGUGAGACGGAGGUGCUGCAGAUCUUCUGUGACACAUGUGAAGCUGUCGCUCGACUACAUCAGUGCAAAACUCCCAUCAUCCACCGGGACCUGAAAGUGGAGAACAUCUUGCUGCAUGACAGAGGACAUUAUGUGUUGUGUGAUUUUGGCAGUGCCAUUAACCGCUCCCAGAAUCCACAAACAGAAGGUGUGGCGGCCGUAGAAGAAGAAAUCAAGAAGUACACUACGCUUUCGUACCGGGCCCCAGAAAUGGUGAAUCUCUAUGGGGGCAAAGUUAUCACUACUAAAGCAGAUAUAUGGGCUUUGGGCUGCUUGUUGUAUAAGUUGUGUUAUUUCACGUUGCCGUUUGGAGAGAGUCAGGUGGCCAUCUGUGACGGCAGCUUCACCAUCCCAGACAACUCUCGCUACUCACACGACAUGCACGCUCUCAUCCGUUACAUGCUGGAGCCAGACCCUGACAUAAGGCCAGAUAUCUACCAGGUGUCAUAUUUCGCCUUUAAACUGGCACGGAAAGAAUGCCCAGUACAGAAUAUCCACAAUUCACCCAUUCCAGCAAAACUCCCAGAUCCAAUCAGAGCCAGUGAAGCCGUGGCCAAGAAGAGCCAAAACAAAGCCAGGCUCACUGAUCCAAUCCCUGCGACGGAGACCUCCAUAGCACCACGGCAGCGUCCCAAGGCUGGCCAGGCUCAACCAAUCGCAGGCAUCCUGCCCAUCCAACCAGCCCUCACCCCUCGUAAAAGACCCAGUGCACCUGUGGGACCCGGCCAGCCAAUCAGUGUUAACAGUGCUCCCCAGCCUGUUUCCCAAUCACAGGUUCCUGUCGCACAGCAACAAGCCACGCCCACUCCAAUGCAGGCCACGCCCUCUCCACCCCAGGCCACACCCCAACAUGCACAACUUUUUGUGCAGCAGCAAAACGCAGCCUUCUUUACUGCUCAACACCAGUCUGUUGGCGGCAGUCGUGGGGUGCAUAAAGUCGGCUCCUUGACUCCACCCUCUUCUCCCAAGACCGCCCCAAAAGGAGGCCACAGGCGAAUCCUGAGUGAUGUCACACACAGCACCAUAUUUGGAGUUCCUGUGAGCAAGUCCACUCAACUGCUUCAAGCUGCUGCUGCAGAGGCCAGCCUCAACAAGUCCAAGUCAGCUAGCACCACUCCUUCUGGUUCUCCGUGUUCAUCACAGCAGAGUGUUUAUCAGUCAGGGGAGGCUUCUGGCCCCUCUGCUGGAGCCACAGCAUCCUGGAACCCCUUCGGCGAUGACAAUUUCUCUAAACUCACAGCGGAAGAGUUGCUCAACAAGGAUUUCGCCAAACUGGAUGUUAAGACAGCCGAGAGAUCCUGCCCUGAAAAUCUGAUUUCUGGGCUGCAGUCUGUGUCUUCAAAUAAAGGCUUUCUCCAGGGAAGAGAGAAGUUGAUUGAGGGUUUGAAGUCUCCAGAGCCCUCUUCCUCCCUGAUUCUCCCUGACCUUCCCUUGAAUGACCCCUUCAGCCCUGCAGACUGUAUUCAUGCUGAGAUGGAUUCUCUGAUCCCUGGUCUGGAUCCACUACAGACUGAUCCUGGGUCAGCUGCACUACUAGAACCUUUGGUUGGACAGGAUUCUCUUUUGGACGGGCCGCUUCUCUCCCACCCCUCUUCUGGGGAUCUAAUACUGGCCUCAUCCCCCUCAUCUCUCUCUACACCAUCUAUGGACCAGUUUACUAUUACUGCUUUGAGCACUGGGCAGUUCCACCAGGCCUCUGAUUCGGUUCACCAGGCUCUCUCAGGCUUCCAGUCCUCUGAGACUGGGGACCAAAGCUCAAGUAACCAGUUUGACCCAAUUCCAGUGCUUCUCUCCAAAAGCUCCAGCCAAGAAGCCAGAAGCAAGGGUGAUGGAUAUGGAUCGCAUUCGGAGGGAGGAGACCUCGAGAACCCUGUGGAGGAGGGCUGUCUUCAUUCCAGCGAUGAAGACGAUGGAGAAACCGAAGGAGGGAGGUCACAGGUGAGCGGCGAAGAAACGCCAAGUCUGGACUGCAGCGGCUCCAGACCGCUACUUCAAGACUCGGAUGACGAUGACGACCAAAGUCCCGCAUCUUCCAGAAACCUCCAGAUGUCGUCCCAAUCCGAGGGACCCGUUGAGAACCAGUCCACGCUGGCUUCUCAGAACCACUCGCCACAGCUGGUGUCACAAGCCCAACAUUCGGGCGCGGAUCAAAGCCUCGACAUCUUUUCCAAAGCUCCGUUUCGAAUCGGACAAGACCUAGAAGGCGACGGGGACGUGUUCGCAAAUGCGCCGUUUCCUCGUCUUCCAGCUCCGGAUAUUUUCCUGCAGGCGCCCUUUGGGAGAAAGAAGGAAGCUUCUGGGAAGGUUUACACCAAUCCAGGUUCUUCCCUUGACCAGAGCAUCCUCGGCCAAGUGAGCCCUCUGCCCUUUCGACCCCAGGCACUUUCUAAGUAUUCCCGACACUACGAAGAACCUGUGAACACAGCCCCUGAACACAGUCUGUCGUCUGAUGGGACGUCCUCUGACCCCUUCGUCUCAGCACCCUUCCAUCUUAAGGGCCGCCAGGAUAAACGCUGAGAGAACGGCGUCUGUAAAGCCGCACCGUACUUUAGCCCCCUAAAAGAUUUGAGCUUAACAUAAUAAAAUGCUGUAUACCGAGUCUAAUUUAUUCAAGAAUGAAGCACAUUUAUGGCCUCUGGCUGUCUAUCUCUGGGUCAGCGUUCGAUUGUGUGACAUCUUUUGCUACCUCAGAUCAUUCUCAGGCCGUCAAGCUUCAUUUCUGUCCUGCGUAUGUACCACGUCCACAGAAACCUGAUUUAGCAUGUUGUUUUACAAAGACGUUGGGUUGACUUCGAUUAUGAGCAUGAGCUUAAAAAAUGAUUUACACCAUUAUGAAAUGUUUGUAUUAUUGGCCAUCCGUUUACGGACGGUACUUCUACUAUCAAGGUAUGCCAGACAGUUUGGUAUAGCUCAGAUCUGGCAAGAGUCGUUCAUCUUAAAACAAAAAGAAAAAGAAAGAAAAAGAAACCGGGAAACAUUCAGUCUAACUAUUGAUGAAAUAUAUGUUGAUGAUUUGGUUUCUCAAAACACACACGAAGGUGUCAGCAAACAUUUUAAAUGAAUUAUUUGUUUUCAUAUCCAGGUCACAUUUCACUCCAAAUGUAAAAGAAAUGGAUUUUAAGCACCAAAUUGUAACAUUUUCAUUAAAAGUUUCCCUCCAAAUUAUUUAUUUUUUUGACGUUUGUUCUUUUUAAAAAAAAAAUCAAUUCAGUACAAGAGUACUACCAUCAUGUGUACUUUAUAAAAGUGCUUUAUAUUUUAAAUAAAAUAUCACUAUGUGUGUGUGUGAAUAUAUAUAUUCUAUCUUAAUGGUCCUAAAAUAAGCUUCAUUUUCAUUAAAUAAAUAUAUAUAUAUUUUUUUUUACCUUUCUUUUGAUUUUAGGGUCACAUGUGACCUGGACAAAAUAUGGCUGUCAAAUUCAUUAUUAUAGCUAUGCGUAUUUGUUAUAUUUGCAUGGCUGAAUGUGGAAAGCAUGCAACUGUCAAACUUUGCCUUCACUUAAACAUCACUAAAAAGUGUCUGCAAAAACCUGAAUGUAUUGCAAUUUUGACAUUAUGUCUGACAGUUUCAAAAUAUUUUUAUUUUUUCUUAUCAAAAAACCCUUUAGAUUAUCCAUGUUUUCAUUCUGACUGCUCAAGAGUUUGCUCCAGCUGAGUAUUUUCCUGAUAAUCAUGUUUAGCAAGAAAGCCAAUGAAAAGUUAGCAGAUAUAAGCAACACCGAAUCUAGUGCACAGUAUAUUCAUGAAAGUGAAAGCUAGUAUACAGUGUUUAAAACGAUCUUAUGAUGUUUUUUGUUCAUUAAGCACAUUAGUGCUGGGCUCACACUAAACAGCUGGAUGUUAAAUCCUAUUAAUGCUGGAUUAUAUUGCACAAGACUGUAAUGAAAUGUGUUAUUUAAUUUCUAGUUCUCAAUACACAUUCCCUUUAUGAAGUUUAAACACAGGCAGCUCUAGUACCAAGACGCUGUUAUCUCUGCUUGUCACAAUGUACAAUAAAUCAGUUAUUAAUUGCAAUGUAUGUACAUGCAGAUAUGCUCAUAUUCAGUCCGAUCCCAUGAAACACGUUUCUUUUGCUGCAUAGGUUUUCAGUACACCUGUAAGAAUUAGGCAGGUGCAUCACACACUUUUCACUGAUACUAAGAGUUAUGGGAUAAAGUUUCUAUUACAAGUGGUGCGGAAAGGUGUUUUACAGGAGUUUGAGAUUGGGGAUUGUUCAUAUUUUUUAUGUUUAAUGUCGAAACAGCCAUGAUUGUAUGGUGGCCUUUUGAAUGAAUCCGGAAGGAGCUUGUCUUUUGAAAUACUUGAGUUAUGCAAAACACUCGCUGGUGUAGAAUGUGUAUGUAAUAAUAAACCAAACCUGUUUAAAAGAU